AUGGGUGACACCAAACUGAAAAAUUAUGGCUUGAUUAAUGAGUUGAUCUACUUCAGUUCUGAUGUUGUGGGUGCCAACGUGCCUCUGAAGGGUGGACAAAAAGUUACUGCAGUUGUGAAAGAAGAUAAAACAUCUCAUGGAUUGAAAGCAACUAAAAGAAGGCUGCUGGAGUCCUAUGCACAACAGGCCACUGAGGACCACAGUGGAUCCUACCACAUGGCAGAUACUGGUUUUGUGCCUUUUGAAGGUGACUGGUUAGAAGUUGAGUAUUUCAUCCAGCCAGGCACCUCAAACAUCAUGGGCUCAGUGAAGCCCAUGUACUGUAAGCAUAGUGAGGAGGUUUGCAUUACUAACCUCUGUGGAAGACAUGAGAUGAUAGAUGAUACUAUCUUUUUCACUUUGGAUUCUCUGAAACUUCCUGAUGGAUACAUACCUCAAAGAUAUGAUGUCGUCAAUGUGGUUAUGGUGGAGAGCAUGCAGCCAUGCUGUAUCUGGAGAGCAGUUUCCAUCACCCUUGUGCAAAGGUUGUAG